GUCGGAAACCACUUCAUGAAGGCCCGCGCCGUGCGAAAGAAGCGGAACGACGCAGCCAGCCUCAAGUUCUGCGACGUGGAGUGGCGCUUUUUGCGCACUCCGACGGCAUCGUCGCCGCCGUCGAGUUUUGAAGCUGGCUUCAUCGAUCGUUUGCAAGCAGACCACUCAUUCGGGGACGACAGUCAAAACGGCAUUGGAGGCCCACGGGUCCUGGCCAUGCUCACAGGCGAAGCGGCCAAAAACGACAUGUUGGAUUCGCUCAUGACAGAGCUCAAUACACUACGAGAAGCGAAAGACCUUGAGCUUCGACAGGCCAUUGUGGAUCACCAACGAGCGCACGGCUUCACCACUCCAUUCGGCCCACCACUUGGCAGUUUAAAGGAAGCAGGUCCAUUCUCCAUGGGAGCAAUCGCUUCUGCAAAAACCAUGGCGAAGAGAGGCACGAUGCAGAGGCAACGCUCGUCAAUACACAAUCCUGACGACAUGGCAGCCGCACAAGCAAGCGCCAAGGCAGCAGUUCAAGCUUCGCUGGAAAAGGCGCACGAAGACGCGACAUGCCUCAAGGCUGACAAUAGCGAUGGAUGUGACAGACCCACGACGCCGCACAUCAUUUGGCGCACCUCAGACAGAGUACAUCUUGCAACAGACAUUCCAAGUCAACUGAUGGCACCGUCGAAUCAACGGGCCUCGCCAUCCACUGCACCAAAGACCUCACGCAUACAAUUGCCCGAAAAACCAAAAAAGUCCAAGUAUGGGGCGUGGUACAUGCCUCCGCAAGAAUGGGGGAAACAAACAGUACGUCGAAGCGACGUUGAGUCCCUUCGCAACGACGAGCGUGCAUUGGAAAUACGUGAUCAAAUACCCAAGCUCUUCAUUGCUCGAGAGUACAAGAACUUCAUUUUGGCCAAAAGCGACGCUCUUCCGUCGUACUUGGAUUCGUCAGGGUAGACACGUGAUUUAUGUAGUGAAUCGCAAGAGGAUGAACCGUAUUUAUGUAGUGAAUGGCAAGAGGAUGAAACGUAGUCACUUCGUCUGUCGACAAUCGACUGCGGGUGUCGACCGUAAUCGGCCAAACGGUGGCGGAGUAAGAGCACCAUGUUGCACAA